AUGUGCAGAGAGCUCGGCCUGCCUCACUCCGGACGUCGAAAGCAGGUUCUGGUGCAGGCGCUCUACGACUACCAGCGCUCGAACGGCGGCAUUCCUACGCAGCUCGUCACCCGCUUCGCCGGGCGGCAUGCGCAGAACUCUGCAGCCGCAAGAGGCUUUUCACAACAUGUCCAACACGCUGCGCAAGCGCUGCCUGCUCAUCACGGACAGCCUCCAGGGCACCACUACAUUCCUCCGUACUCUUCGUCUGCGAACUACAGUCACGACUCCUCUCUGAAUUUGUAUCCCUCUUCCUCUCACCGCGGGGGUCACUCGGCGUCUUCCUCGAACCCCCACGGCCGCGCGAACCAGCCGCUGCUGGCGGGCUCUGCCGCCGAGGGCCUCGCGGCGCCCACGGCGCCCCCCCCGGCGACGUUCGCCAACCGCGGGUUCCACGGAGCGACUGUAAAUGGCGCUCUGCACGCUGGCUCAACGCAGGCGGCCGACGGCAGGACUGCGUUCGCCUCGCUGGUCCAUCAGGGCGGCGCGCCGCAGGACGCUGAAUUCGGCGGGGCUUCCGCGGCGACCCCCGGAACGGGCCUCUACGCCAAAUGCCUCUGCCGCGGCGCCGCGGGAAACGCCGGACCUCGCAAAGGCCACACCGCCGCUGCGCUCAAGUGCUCGACCUGCGGAGGAUGGAAUCACCCAGGAUGCUACCCGGCGGAGUGCAACACGCAGAGCUUCGUGUGCUCCAUGUGCCGAAUGAAGCGACUUGAUCCUUUCUAUCCUGUUGCAGAAGUUCUGUGGGAAGCGCGGCUCGAGUUGAGCCACUACGCCUUCGAGCUGAAUGCUCAGAAUUUGCGCAAGUGGAGAGCCGAAGGAAAAGAAGUCAUUGUUCGCUGCAUGCAGGUCGACCUUCAGCCUCUCUACCAGACCUGGCCCAAGUCUAUCAACAUCACUGUGAACGGGAGAACGGAGGAGACUGUUGCGGCGCCGUCGUGGGAGCACAAGCGAAGAGAUACGCCCAUUCCAAUCACGCAAUACCUGAAGACUAGCCGCAACCGCAUCGAGUUCACCUGGACGAACUACGACGAGCCUCAGCAGUUCCACCUUGCGGUGCUUCUCUGCGAGUCGAAGACGCCCGACGCGCUGGCGAACCAAGUUUGGCAGCAGGGGCAGGUGGCGGAAGCGGACGCAGAGAAGCGCGUACUCGACAUUAUCGGCAACCGCAGCGGGAAGGACUCUGCGCAGAGCUCCGCGGAUGACUCGGAUGACGACGACGUGAUGUGUCUCGAAGUGACGCGGCGCAUCAAGCUGCUUUGUCCAGUCACUUUCACUCGGAUUGAAGUCCCUUGCCGCGGCCGGGCCUGCAGGCACCUGCAGUGCUACGAUCUGGCGGGCUACCUCCUCGUGACAAAGAACACAAAGGCCUUCAACACGCGCUGGAAGUGCCCGGAGUGUCAUCUGUACGUUCGCCCGGACGAGCUCGUCGUCGACGGCUUUGUACAGAAAGUCUUGUCCAACACGGACGAGGAGGCGACGGUCGUCGAGUUGGAGCCGGAUGCUUCGUUUCGAGUGGUGACGGAAAAGGAGUUGAAAGAGGAGUCCAAGCGAGCGGAGGAGCAGCGGCAGCUGGCGUCAAAUGCUGGCAUGCGCGGUCUAAAGGACGGCGGCAGACAGGCCUCUCCGGAAGGCGAGACGAAUCUGUCUCGAGACGGGCCGGCGAAGAAGGCUUUCGAAGUCGUAGAAAUGCUGAGCGACUCUGACGACGAAGCCGACGAAACUGCGAACGGAGACGCUGGCGAGGCUCCGCCGCCAGCCGUGUCGGACGCGACCGGCGCGCCCGAGACGGAGACAGAUCUCGCAUCUGGAGCCCAAGCAGCUGAGCAGGCGAAGGCGCGCCUGCCAAAACCGCCGGUUGCCUACGAGGGAAGCGGUGCUCCGCCUUCGAUGACGGUGGAAAGCGGCGAUAGGCAGAAAGAGAACGCGCUUGCAAACGGACCGACUGAUGGUCACGCGACGUCGAGAGAGCGACCGCGAGUGGACGACGAGGACUGCCUUCCACCGCAGCCCAAGCGUCCGCGCCGCGUCGUCACGUCGCCCUGCUCGUCGCCGCGCCCCAAAGACGUGCCCUGUGCGCCGCUCUCUGACGCGCCGCCGAUGGCUGGCGAGGGCGGCGCCGCCGCUCGUCCGCCUGCUCCGCCGUCUGCCUGCGGGUGCACAGGGGCUGGCGCGUCUUCUUCGGUGCCCGCCUCUUCGCCCGCUCCGCCUCCAGGCGCCGCCGCGGCGGUGGCUCAGCAGCCGUGCCCUCUCCCCCCUCCCUCCCCGUUGCCUCCGACGCUCCAGGGCGCGCGAGGCGAAGAACCUGACAUCUUCGUCGUGCUUUCCUCCGACGAAGAAGACGACUUUCCGGCGUUGCCCGCGGGCGUGCAGGCGGCGUCUGGGGCAGGCGCCUCGCGAGCCACGAGCGAUCAGGACCGAGCCGGAGAAAGGCCGAGAGAAGACGGCGCCGACGCCGGACGACGGGCACUCCUCGCCUGCGAUCCGAAGAAGAGCGGAAAAGGCGGAGGCAGGAGACAAACGAUGCUGCGGUUCAAGCAGAAGCAGGAGCUUCCGUCGUCUGACUCCUCGCCGGCGCCCGCUCUCUCCUCGAGCGGCUUCACGCUACCCGGCGGAGCGGCAGCUGCAGACGCGGCGGCCGCGUUUGCAAGCCUCGCGCCGCAGGGAGGGACGUUUUCGCCAUUUUCUGGUGCGCUGGGGCAGGGCGCCGCCACAUCCCACUACGCUUCUCCUGUCCCGCAGUCCGUUCCAGAUCAUGUCGGCCUGCCUGCGAUCUCUGGCGCGCCACUUCAACACUCGCUCAACUUUUCUUCGCUGGCUGGCGCGGCUGCAGACAACCCGAUUUCAGUUAUUGACUCGAGCGACGGGGAGGACGAGGAAGAAGAGGCGGGCGACGACGCAGCGGGGGAACCUCAACACCAGCCGGAGGCGGCAAGCCCCUGCGCAGAAUCCGUGACGCAGCAGGAGCCGCUGGGAAGUGGAAAUCCCCCGCAGGAGAAGGAAAGCCAACCUGCAACCGCGGCCGCUGACGCCGGUACGCGUGCGUCGCGAGAUCAGGUCGGUGCGACGCCCUCCUCUAUCCGCAUGCGUUCUGCUCAAUCGGCGAACUCUUCGGACCCACACCGGGCGGCCGCGGCUCGCUCGCUCGCUGUUCCACGUGUAUCUUCGUCGUCUUCGUUUUCCUCUUCUUCAGCGGCCGCGCAUUCCUCUGCGGAGCUGGCUCGGGGUGCCGCGAGUGAGUACUCCCCGGGGGCGCGAGGUGCGCGAGGCACAGAUGCUGAAGGCGCGAGGACAGACGGCGAAAACCCUCCGGCGACGCUUCAGCCAUGGCUCUGCGCGCCACCCGGGGCCGCGCCGGCCGCAACCGACUCUCCGGAGCACGAGCGAGCGCAUGCACCCGCGCCUCGCCAGGCGGAAGGGGCGAGCGAUCCUGCGCCUGUGGAGGCGUUUCGGUCGGGCGGAGCAGAAGCAGAGCGCGGGAGCCUCUCAGACUAUUCGAAAAGCAGAGCAGGGGGGGCAGGAGACGCGCCUCAGGUCUCCGCGCAGACGACUGUGAAAAGGGCGCGGGCCCCGGUUGUUCCACCUCCUCUCUUUGUGACUUCGCGGCCUCCUGCGAAGAGCGGAGAGGGUAGAGGCGCGCGAAUCAGUUCCGCAGGGCUAGAAGUCGCUCCGCCGGCGUCGCGUGAUCCGCGUGACGGUCAGCACGCCACUGGGGCGGGCGGGCGCGCCUCUGAAGCAGCUCCACUGCCUCCGGCAGCGCCAGCUCAAGCUGCGUCCGCUUCCGUGUCAACGGGAGCAAGGGCGAACCACGCGGUUUGCUCGUCUGUUCCUGCUGUACCCCAUGGUGUCGCCGCUAGCGGCGGUGCGCCAGAGCCGGGCGGGACUCAGCUGAACCUGUGCGAGGCCUCCACCGGGUCAGCAGGGCCUCUUCUCGCCUCGUCAGGAAGCGCCAGCGGUCUCCAGGCCCCCGCUCUUCACGCGCCUGCAGCAGUCCGCCUGGGGACUAGACAAGAUCUUUGUCAGGCUCCAGGGCAGGAGCCCCUCGUGCAGGGAGCGUUUAACGAGUCAUCAGGAGCCACAGCAAACGUGGCUUCUCCGUUGUCUUCUUUUCGGCCUGCCAGUGCUGCAGAAGGGGCGAGCACCGACCCAGGGAUGUUAGUCUCUGCAUUGCCGCCGGCGGGUUCGCCAGCGGCGGCGGCCCGUGCGACUGUUUCGGCGCGUGCUCCAUACUCCGAGCCUGGGGCGCCGGUGGCGCAAGUGGGGCCUGAGGCAGUCGCCGCAGGCCCUGCCGCUGCUGCUUGUCCGGCGGCUCCCGUCGUACCGGGGUCAGCUGCUGUGUCUGGAGGUCAGCAGGCGCCACAGCCUCAUUGGGCCUUUCAUGUUUCGCUGCCUUCUUCCUCGAGCGAAGGCGCGCCGUUUCUCUUGCCGAGCGUGCAGAGACACGGGUCUGGCUCGCAGGGUGGCCCUGGCGAGGCCCGAGACUCGGGGGCCGGAGGCCCGCGGGUCGGCACAGCCCAGCAGCAGCAGGAGAUCGAGCUGCAUCGUCAGAGACUCCAGCGAAAGAGCGAAGAAGAUCUGCAGCUGCUCCUUUCUCAGCAGGAGGCCGCGGCAGGAUUUGCGCCUAUGCCGAGGACCGUGCUCUCUGGGCUCCACCGGGCCCAGCUUGGCGCGAGUGCGUCGUCUGCUCUUCCUGCGGGGCUCGCCUUCUUGCCCGCAGGCGGCGCGGGUGCGGCCGACUGCUACCAGGCACCCCAAGGGGAGGAGGAGGACGGGUCGUGCGACGCUUACGGAGCCGCAGACCUUUUCGGCCGCUCGUUUUUCUCGCCUCCGCCGCCAUGCGUCUUUGCGCGUGCCGCGGCGCCGCACGGAAUGCCGGCGUUCGGCACGCCGGGGACGCGGCGGCAGAGGCCGGCUGGCGACGCGCAAGAGUCUGGCGCUGGCGAAUUCGCGCAGGUCUCCGAGGGAGCGAGCGAGAGCGACGUGUCCGCGUCCGCACGCGCCGGCGUUCCCACGGAGCACGCUUUGAACUGGACCGAGUUCCACUCAGUCCUGAAUGCCGAAGCAGAAGACCAGCGAACGCAGCAGACGUUGAGCGCUCUCUUUGGACCCUCUAAGCCGUCCGAUCCUGCGGCAGCCUCGGCGCUGGCGCCUUCCUGCGUCGCGUCCUGGGCGCCUGGUCAGCGCCCCGGGAGGAGGUCGCCUUUUGUCCCCGAAAACGCACUCGCGGCGCGCCCGCGGCUUGGAGGCCGCCCCCACAGCCUCCACAGCGCGGAGGGACUUAGCGCCGAGCGCCUGGGCGGGGAGGGCGGGGCGAGCGGGGCGAGCGGCGCCGUCUCGAGCCGGAACGGCGAGAUCGGCGGCAGCCUAUGGCCUCGGCGAGACGAAGGGGCGCGGGGGCAGUUCGCCUCCUAUCUUCACCAGCAAAGCAGCUGA